UGCGGGGCCGGGCGCGCGACUGCACCCGGCGGCGAUGGCGGCGGACGGGGACUGGCAGGAUUUCUAUGAGUUCCAGGAGCCGGCCCGGAGCCUCGAGGACCAGGAGAACUGUAACGCGAGCCCCGAGGCCGAAGCGGGGCCGGGCGGGGGAGGCGACGGCUUCCCAGCGCUGGCCUGCAGCUUGGAGGAAAAGCUGAGCCUGUGUUUCCGCCCCUCGGGGCCGGGGGCCGAGCCCCCGAGGGCGGCCGUGCGGCCCAUCACCGAGUGCAGCCUCCUGCAGGGGGACGAGAUUUGGAAUGCCCUGACAGAUAAUUAUGGAAAUGUAAUGCCUGUAGACUGGAAGUCAUCCCAUACUAGGACCUUGCAUUUGCUUACUCUGAACCUCUCAGAAAAAGGGAUGAGUGACAGCUUGAUCUUUGAUGCCUCGGACGAUGAGGAGCUGAGAGAACAGCUGGAUAUGCAUUCAAUCAUCGUCUCCUGCGUUAACGACGAGCCCCUCUUCACAGCAGACCAGGUGAUUGAAGAAAUUGAAGAAAUGAUGCAGGAGUCACCAGACCCAGAAGAUGAUGAAACGCCCACCCAAUCAGAUCGGCUUUCAAUGCUUUCCCAGGAAAUUCAAACUCUUAAGAGGUCUAGUACAAGCAGUUAUGAAGAGAGAGUGAAGAGGCUGUCAGUAUCUGAAUUAAAUGAACUGCUGGAAGAAAUCGAGACAGCCAUCAAGGAGUACUCCGAAGAGCUGGUGCAGCAGCUGGCCCUGCGAGAUGAACUGGAGUUUGAAAAGGAAGUGAAGAACAGCUUUAUUUCUGUUCUCAUUGAAGUGCAGAACAAACAGAAAGAGCACAAAGAAACGGCCAAAAAGAAAAAGAAACUCAAGAACGGCAGCUCUCAGAAUGGGAAGAACGAGAGAAGUCACAUGCCAGGCACACGCUUCAGCAUGGAAGGGAUCUCAAAUGUCAUUCAGAAUGGCCUCCGCCACACCUUUGGAAAUUCAGGUGGAGAGAAACAGUACUUAACAACAGUCAUCCCUUAUGAGAAAAAAAAUGGACCACCGUCUGUUGAAGAUCUUCAAAUAUUAACAAAAAUUCUCCGUGCCAUGAAAGAGGAUAGUGAAAAAGUUCCAAGUUUGUUAACUGAUUAUAUACUGAAAGUUCUGUGUCCUACAUAGGGCAGCAUCACUUCAGGAACAGCUUUAUCUUUCGUGGACAACAAGCUAGAUUUCCUAUAGCAUUAUUCUGAAAGCUGGCUACCAUUACCUUCCUGCUAUUGGAAACUCAGGACACUUGUUGAACUUGGGUUUGUGAUCAGUAUUACUAGAUCAUGCCUUCGCUAAUUCUUUAUAUUAUGAACUGAGAGAACUAUGGCACUAUUUUGAAUUCUAGAGAUGGUUUCUUGUUAAAUACUAACAAUUAUGAACUCUUCUCUUUUCCAGUAAGGGGGAGUGAUGUUAAUUGUAUAUGUGCAGUUAUAUUUUUCAUUAACUGACAGUAUGCCUGUUUGAGUUUUUAUUAUGGCUUUCUAGAUCUAAACUGCACUCACUCAAGAACUAGAUGAAAGCAUUGAGAGAUUUAUACUAUAGCUAUUUUUCAGUGCUGGCAAGAAUCAACACUGAUUUUGUUAUAAGAGAAUUGUCAGUAUAAAUAUUACCUACCAGUAUUGUCCAGAAAGACUGGAACUUAAAUUUGGGGUGUUCUUGGAAGAAGGGAAACCAGAAUAUGCAGUGUCUUGGCUUAAUACUUAGUCAACAUAGAAACAGCUGGAGAUGACUGAUUCUAGAGGUUGCUACCUUUCACCAUUGUGCAAAUCUUAACCAUUAAUAUGCCAUUCACCUUCAGAAUCUUGUGUUGUUUUAACUUUAGUUUUCAAUGUUUCAUUUCACAUGUCUGUGAAGAAGUGUCCUUUAAAAGGAGUUUGUAUCCUUUAAGGUGCUUAAGAAACUGCUGCAGCAUUGCCCAUUUGCUGUUACUGUUAUAUUUUAUUCAUGCCUGUGUGUUUUUCUAAAGCAGUGAUUCUAGAAACAGCUACUCAUGGAUCCAUCACUAGUCAUGAAACACUUUUGCCAGUUCCAAUCAAGUCAAUGCCAUUUAAUAAAUGUUGAAAAAAAAAGGUAA